AUGGAAGUCUACACUGUGACAGUAGCAACUGGGACGUCAGAGUAUUCAGGCACCAACAACUACAUUUUUGUGACCCUGGUGGGGGAGAAAGGAGAGAGCGAACGCACCAUUCUGGACAACCCCGGACUGGACUUCUGUCGAGGAGCAGUAGAUCAGUACAAGGUUACAAGCCCUUCGCCAUUAGGCUCCCUGCUGCUGGUCAGGCUGGAGAAACAGAGGUACUGGGUGGAAGAUAACUGGUUCUGUCGCUAUGUGACGGUGGAACUUCCAGGCGAAGGCAAAGUGCUCACUUUCCCUUGUUACCGCUGGCUGAUCGGAGACACCAAGGUGGAGAUAAGAGAGGGAGCAGCGAAGACAGUGAGGGACGACUCCUCCCCUCAGCUGCUGGCCCACAGGAAGACAGAGCUGCAGGAGAGGCAGAAGACUUACAGAUGGGUAACGUGGGCUCCAGGGAUUCCCAAAUGUAUUGACGCCAAAACAGAAGCCGAUUUACCCCAAGACGUCCGCUUUGACAAUGAGAAGAGGAGCGACUUCGAACAUUCCUUGCACUAUGCCUUGCUGGAAUUGUCUCUGAAGAAACUGGCCAUCAGGUUUGGGAAGUCCUGGGAUGACUUGGACGAUUUUAAGCGAAUCUUCUGGAAGCUACGAAGUCCAAUAGCUGAGUACUGUAUGGAGCACUGGAAGGAAGACUGGUUCUUCGGCUACCAGUGCAUGAAUGGCUCUAACCCGAGGAUGAUCAAGAGGUGCAAGAAGCUGCCAGAGAACUUUCCCGUCACCCCAAACAUGGUGCAGAGCUCCAUGGCUCCGAGGACCGACCUGGACAAAGAACUCAAGGCCGGGAACAUCUACUUGUUAGACUAUGUCAUUAUGGAUGGGAUUCCCGCUAACACCAUAAAGGGAAAACUUCAGCACAUCGCUGCUCCACUCUGUCUCCUGUACCAACACCCAGAUGAAGGACUCAUACCGAUUGCUAUACAGCUCGGGCAGACUCCAUCCCUGGACACACCCAUAUUCCUGCCCAAGGACCCACCCCUGGCCUGGCUAUUGGCGAAGAUGUGGGUGCGUCACUCUGAGUUCCAGGUGUUCCAGGUGCUGUCUCACCUGCUCCGGACUCACCUGGUCGUAGAAGUGUUUUGCGUAGCCACUCUGAGACAGCUGCCUGCUGUGCACCCUAUAUAUAAGCUCCUGGCUCCUCAUCUGCGCUACACUCUGGAGAUCAACUGUAGGGGCCGCACUCAGCUCAUCUCUGCUAAUGGCAUCUUCAAACGGGUUGUGUCCACUGGCGGUGACGGCCUGCUGAUUCUGGCUCAAAGGGAGUACAAGGUGCUGACUUACCGCUCCCUCCAGCCGCACAACGACUUCACCGACAGAGGAGUUUUCCAGCUCCCAAAGUAUUUCUACAGAGAUCACAGCCUGAUGUUGUGGGAGGCCAUUCACGGUUUUGUCUCAGGUAUAGUGAACCUGUACUACCCGUCCGACCGUGAUAUGCAGCAAGACCUGGAGAUUCAAGCCUGGUUCAGAGACAUAUCAGAGGAAGGCUUCACAGAGCUCCCCAGCUUUGGUCUGCCCAGUAAGCUCAACACCAGAGAGGAGCUCUCCACCCUGCUGUCAGUGGCCAUCUUCUCCAGCACAUCCCAGCAUGCCGCGACUAACAAUGGACAGUUCGACUGGUGUGCCUGGGUCCCCAACACCCCCUGCACCAUGAGACGCCCCCCGCCCACGGACAAAGACGGCGUCACCAUGGAGAUGAUCAUGGCCACCCUUCCUGAUAUCAGCCAGUCCUGCGUGCAGAUGGCUAUCACGUGGCAUCUGGGGCGAGCGCAGCCAGAUGCAAUACCUUUGGGCAAAUACACAGAGGACCACUUCACGGAGGGGAAAGCCCAGGAGCUGAUUGACAAGUUCAGGAGAGAGCUGAAGGAGAUCGAGGACCACAUCCUGAAGCAGAAUGAAGGACUGGAGCUUCAGUACCUCUUCCUCCUGCCCAGCCGCGUAGAAAACAGCAUCACGAUAUAGAAAGACUAACAGGGAUUCAUUCUGUGUGGUAUCUGGACAUCGCUCACAUUUGUUUUUACUUUGGCAUUUUUAAUGUUUGUUUUUUUUCCAGCUUAUCAUGUCAUAAAAGUCUAAUGUCAUUCAAUAUUGUAAAAAAAAAGGGAAGAACUAAAAAGUUCAAAUGAGGGAAACAUUUAUUUGUGUGAAAAAUGUUUAUUGUUAUGAUGUGUCUUUAUUGAACAGGCAGUACGUGGAAUAUCCCCCAAAAGCACUUUGGUUGUACGACAGCCACGUCAACACUGUGACCAGCGUUCAGUCAAUAUGGUCCAACAUGUUGUGUAAAGAGGAAUCAAUAUAUGUUAUGUUAUACUGUUAGCCAGGCAUUAGGUGUAGCAGCAUUUUUUUUUUACUGGAUUGCAGGCAUAAUUGAAGCAUGAAAUAGACCUUUGAGAAAAAAGCUGUUGAUAGAAAAUUGCUUCAGUCAGAAAAUAUGAUAGCUUGUGUUCAACUGGGAAGGGGGUCAGUAGUCAGUGGGCAGACAGUAAGACCAACGAGGACGCUCACUUCUGGCACCAGAUACAGCGGGUACCAUCUCCCACCUGUUAGAGCCGAGCAAGAACGCCUACUGAUGAAGACUAUGUGAAGACCUGUUUUUAAACCGUCUGUAAUGAAUUCAAACAAUCACAGGGACAGAUCUUGGUGUGCUCAGGUGUAAACAGGUGGACUGUGAAUUGGCUGUACUUGUGCGUGUUUGAAAUUUAAGGAAAGAUGAGCUGUAAGUGAACUGUGAAAUGAAAAGUCCAGGCUUAUGCCAAUAAAACAAUGUUCUAACUCA